CAUAUGGACAUCUUCCGGAUUGGCAUCCAUCUUUUUCUUAGUCGUCUCCACUUGUCCUGGUCUUCAAGUUCAGUAUACUUCCUUGAGUCGCGAAAAUGCUAUCAGCACGUUUGGUCUCGUCGGUUGCGCGCCAGCUGCCUAAAAAUGUCCCAAAGGUGGCACGCAGGUCCUUACCAGCAAUCCAGACUGCUGUUCGUCAACUGCAUGUAACACCAACAACCAAGGCUGCUGAGAUCUCUUCUAUCUUGGAAGAGCGUAUUUUAGGAGCGGCUCCCAAGGAAAACUUGGAAGAAACCGGACGCGUUCUCAGCAUUGGUGAUGGUAUCGCUCGCGUUUAUGGACUCAAGAACAUUCAGGCUGAGGAGAUGGUGGAAUUCUCCUCUGGUCUCAAGGGAAUGGCUCUUAACUUGGAGCCUGAUAAUGUUGGUGUCGUCGUAUUCGGUAACGACAAGCUGAUCAAGGAAGGAGACAUUGUCAAACGAACAGGAGCUAUCGUCGAUGUUCCCAUUGGCGCAGAACUUCUUGGUCGAGUCGUUGAUGCCUUGGGUAAUCCCAUUGAUGGCAAAGGCUCGCUGGCUGGAGCGAAACGCGCCCGUGUGGGUGUCAAAGCUCCUGGUAUCAUCCCACGUAUCUCUGUACGCGAACCUAUGCAGACUGGUAUCAAAGCCGUCGAUUCUCUCGUUCCCAUCGGCCGUGGACAGCGAGAGUUGAUCAUCGGUGAUCGACAGACUGGCAAAACUGCUAUUGCCAUCGAUGCUAUCAUCAAUCAGAAACGUUUCAACGAUGGUGCUGAUGAGAAGAAGAAACUUUACUGUAUCUACGUUGCUAUCGGUCAAAAGCGAUCCACAGUCGCUCAGAUUGUGAAACGCCUGACUGAUUCUGAUGCCAUGAAGUAUACCAUUGUCGUGGCUGCCACUGCUUCAGAUGCUGCUCCACUCCAAUUUUUGGCACCCUAUUCCGGAUGCGCCAUGGGUGAAUAUUUCCGUGACAACGGCAAGCACGCUUUGAUCAUCUAUGACGAUUUGUCUAAGCAAGCCGUUGCUUAUCGUCAAAUGUCCCUGUUGUUGCGUCGUCCUCCCGGUCGUGAGGCCUAUCCUGGUGAUGUCUUCUACUUGCACUCCCGUUUGCUCGAGCGUGCCGCUAAGAUGAACGAAGUGCAUGGCGGCGGUUCCCUGACUGCGUUGCCAGUUAUUGAGACACAGGCUGGUGACGUGUCUGCGUACAUCCCGACAAACGUUAUUUCCAUUACUGACGGUCAGAUCUUCUUGGAAACUGAGUUGUUUUACAAAGGUAUUCGACCGGCCAUUAACGUCGGUCUUUCCGUGUCCCGCGUCGGAUCGGCUGCCCAGACCCGUGCCAUGAAGCAGGUUGCCGGCUCCAUGAAGCUUGAGCUUGCGCAGUACCGCGAGGUUGCUGCUUUUGCCCAGUUCGGUUCUGACUUGGAUGCAUCCACCCAGCAACUGCUUAGCCGUGGUGUGCGUUUAACUGAGCUGCUCAAACAAGGACAAUAUGUUCCCAUGGCUAUUGAAGAGCAGGUCCCUGUCAUCUACUGUGGUGUGCGAGGAUACUUGGACAAACUUGACCCAUCCAAGAUCACUGCCUUCGAAAAGGAGUUCUUGCAGCACAUCAAGACAUCUCAUGCUGAUGUUUUGUCCUCGAUCGCGAAAGACGGAAAGAUUACCGAUGAGACAGAUGCCAAGCUGAAGAAGAUCGUCACCGAAUUUUUAGCCACUUUCCAAGCUUAAAAGGGAGAAACAGCGACCCAUUAACAAAACAUUGGGUUUAGUAACAGAAAAACGAGGUUAUCGUCAUCAACACCCAAUUACGUGUACAUUUUUUUCCCUCAUUUUUGUAGUGCACUGAUAGAACUCGACCCGAGUCGAGGAAAACGUGUAUGUAAAAGAGAAAACAAUUAAAGUCAUCAAAAUAUU